CGCGUCCCCAUGUUUACCUCGGAUUUCCAUGCAUUGCGUUUAACAUGCGUAAAAAGAUCUCGAUCUCCAGUCUGAUAUGGCUAGACGAUAUCUGAUUAGAAUAAUCCGUAAAAAGCGUGUUUUAUGUGUACUGUAACGUACGCAUGAUGAGAAAACGCAUACAUGAGAAAAGGAUCAAUUGUCUCUGCCGAUUCGGUGUCUUAACCUUAACUUGACUCGCUUCGCCGUCAUGUCGCGCUGUAAAUCGGAGUGAAGUUGUCGCCGUCAAAACUUUCUGAUUUUGCCAACGUAGCGCCGCGAUCUCAAAUCAAGAGUACGCGAGAUGCGAGUCACGGUAAGUCGCGGUCAAUCUUUUGUUAAUAAAACGAACGUUUCACGGAAUUCUUGCAAUCGGAAACUAUUAUUGGUCUUCAGUAUCGAAUUCCGUAGCAAUAGCAAUCUUUCACGCCCUCUCUGUAUUUUCGGACGAACCGUCUUGUCGCGUCGCGUUGUAGUUACCCCAGGUCCCCCCAGGUUCCCAUACAUGCGUUUCGCAUAAAAAGAUCUCCAGCUCCAGCCUGAUAUGGCUAGAUGAGCUCUGAUUGGAGUAGAGAUGCGUGAUGUUUGACGUGUGCUGUAACGCGCGUUAACGCGUGCAUAGAAAUCAAGGGUCAAUCGUCUCAAUUCGGCGUCUUAACCUUAGCUUGACUCGCGUCGUCGUGUUGCGCGGUAAAUCGGAGUGAAGUUGCCGCCGUCGAAACUUUCAUGUCGCCAACGGAACGCCAUCCGUCGCGGUGACGCAGCGCAGCGAAACGAUCUCGAAUCGCGACACAUUUAACCGGGAAACACGACCUGCGCAAUUAAUCUUCUAUUCAUUGCAUUUCAGCAAUUAGCGCGCGCGCAUGAGAUCGUGUUUGCCAUGGAGAUGCAGUCACGAAGGUUUCUUUAGAGGGAGAAGCUGGCCUAGAAGAACCAUUGAGGCGACCGUGGGGUGAGUAACCUAUUAUUUACUUGUUAAUGCCGCCGCGGUGACGCAGCGGAGCGAAACGGUCUCGAAUCGCGACACGUUUAAUCGGGAAACAAAGCCUGCACAAUUAACCCUGUAUUUAUUGUAUUUCAGCAAUUAGCGCACGCGCACGAGAUCGUGUUUUCGCGUGUGUAAGUGCAAGUGCCCUGGAAAAGCAGCCGCAAAGGUUCCUGAGAGAAUCGAGAUGCCGGCGGCCUGGAAGGAUCGUGAAACGACGGUGGGUAUCUUCAAUGUGAGGAGAAUGCGAGGCAUUGUAAAACGCGAAAAAGCUAGCUCAUAUGUGCAUAUCUUUUAUCGGCUUGUUUAAAAAUAAGGAUCAAUCGUCAUUAGUAUUACGUCUCUUCCGAGAAGUAUUAACGGUAGAAAAAUACGGUUAAGAACUCUCCAUAGCAGAAAUCUGGGUAACGGGAAUUUAUGAUUUUAUUUCGUAAGUAUCUUUCGUAAAUACAAGUAUCUUUCUCGGUACAAAAAAAAAAUAAGAGAAAAUAGAUGUUAAUCAUAUUUGAGCUUUUCGAUAGAUUCCUGUUUUCUUAAUUCCUUUUUGCAUAAUUAUUGGCAGUAUAUAUAUUUAUAUAGUAACAAGAGGCAAGCUGCUUUAUUACAUAAUUAUAUUUCUUUCACAAUUCUCGUCACACAGAUAUCGCAAAAUAACAUUUGAUUCUACCUUAAAAUUAUAUUUUAUUUGCAUGUUUUCUUUUCUCUUUCCAGCAAAAUAUUUCUUUUAUAUAAUCUUAGAUACUUUAAGACCAUUCUACAAUAGCGUAAACAUAAUAAUUAUGAUUGCAAACUAUUGUAAUGCGCAGUUAUUGGUCUAUUUCCUUCAGCACAAAGUAACUUUAAUCUCUUUGUCUUAUUUUUAGAAUUACAAAAGAAUAAAAAAGAAGUGAAAUCGAGAUUAAAGCUUAUUUAUAUUAUUGAUAGAAAUAGACAUACAACUGUGUCGUCUUACAUUUACGCUAUUGUAGAAUGGCUCUUACAAUGAGCUUGUUGCUGUUAAUAUACUAAGGGUUGAUUUAGCUGAAGAAUAGCCGUAACCGUAAGAAAUUGGCCAAUCAUAGUCGAUUAUUUUUCUAUAAAUCGACAAUAAUUGCUCAAUUUCUUACGGUUACGGCUAUUCUCAGCUAUUAUAAGCUAAACCUAACUAGAUUUUUUUAUUGUUAAAAUGCUCUGUAAAUUUCUCCGAGUGAUAUUCCACUGAAAAAAUGAAGUGAUCAUUAACUCAAAUUGGAAUGACUUUAAGUAAUUUUUCAUUCACAUGUGAAUUCUUCCACUCUGUGUCGUGAAGAGUAUUCUUUCACUCCGUAGAGUGAAAUGAAAGAGUGCGUUCAGCAGAAAAAACAGUUUUACGACUGUGGCAAGAGAUUCUUUAGUAUGAUUGUUUUAUACAUUCAGAUUCAGCAGGAAUUAAGGGCGAAAGUCAAUCGUAUUAAAGAAUCUUACAACAGUUUCUUUUUUUUUUUGCUGAACGCAGUCAAUAUUUUGCACUCGUUACAAAAUGAAUCUGAUAUGCUCGCGUCACAGUUAGAAACAGUGCAUCGCGUCAAGAAAAAAAGAAGAUCGCUCGACAGGAGCGAUCGCAGUUGUAUUUAGUAGCAUUUGGUCGCGCUGAACGUCUCGUCGUCGUCAGUCGUCUUCAUCACAAGUGAAAAAUACAUAUUAAUAAAAAAUAAAAAUAAGAAAAAAGAAAAAACUUUAUAAAAUUAAAUAUGGAUAAUGGAAGUCGGAUACUGGACAUAUUUAACAAAAUGCAAAACUUUCCUCCAUUAAAUGCCACAGGAAAUAACAUUGGCAGAACUUGGUGUACAUGGAAACAGAAAUUUUUGUCUUUUCUACAGAAAGAAGAUCCCAAAGAAUUAUAUAAAAAUCAAUGGACAAUUAUAUUGUUAAUGUUGAUUGGACCUCUUGGAGAAGAAGCAUAUAAGAAUCUUCCUCAAACACAAGAUAAAAUUCAGACAAAAGAUCUGAAAGUAGUUUUACGUGAGUUGGAUAUACAUUUCAUUUUUGGAGUUAGAUUGAAGCAGAUUAAUGAAAGCAUUGAGAAAUAUAUUGAUAGCUUAAUGCUUGUUGCUAUUGCAAGCAAUCAUAGUGAUCCUGUGAGCAUUGUGAAGGAGAAAAUCAUAGAAGAUAUUAAAAAUUACAACUUUACGGAUAAAGCUAAGGUUCUUGUACGAUCCAAGGGAGAAGAUCUAGUAUCGUACUUACAAUCGUUGGAUCUUAAUAAAAUUACCCUAUUUUGGAAACAAUGUGAGAAACUUAUGUCGCCGAAGAAUCACGAGGAAGUACAAAGACAGUCCACUUCUACUUCACAACCCGAAAUCGAAUGCAUUCGUUGCGGUACCUGUCAUAGCAGAAAUCGUUGUCCUGCUCAUGGACUUCGAUGUGACAAUUGUAAAGGAUACAAUCACUUUACGGAUUAUUGUAAGGUAAAAUUCGUAUCCAAUUGUACUAAGUGUGGAACGCAUCACGUUCAGUCACGCUGUCUCGCUUUUGGCGAAUUGUGCGCAAAUUGUGGCAAGAUGAACCAUUUCUCGUGGUUGUGUCAAGUUCCCGUUAUAAACGAUUGCCUUAGAUGUGGUAGGGAUCAUGCUAUAUCCAUGUGUCCAGCACAAGGCCACGUAUGCUCUCGAUGUAAAAAACCAAAUCAUUUCAAGGAAAAAUGUUUGAGCAAAUGAAUGAGGAACGAGAGUGAUACGUGGUAUAAGUACUCUUUUAAAGACUUUAAAGGGUGACAGCACCCAGGCUAAACUCUAUGUUGAACUCAAUAAUUUUUCCAAUCUUUUAGGGGAUGUUUCUUUUUAAAUAAAAAUCAAAUUUUUUAAAAUAAUUUUUUUAUUGAUCAAAUAUGCAUUAAAGUUUAUUUUACUCUAUUUUGUAGGCAAUAUAAUGUAUAGCUUACAUUUCAUAAUUUGAAAAAAAAAUUUGUGAGCAAGCAUAUUACGUUCAGAUGAUUGAUAUAAAAAAACUAUUGUUCAUAUAAUAACAAAAAUAAUCUAAGUGUUGUUACUAAGUACUAAGUACAUUAAUUUUUUUAAUUUGGUUUAAUGAUAAUUGUUUUUCUUUUCUUCAAUAAUAUUACUUGUAAUAAUUAUCUAUAAUGUUAUGCUGUAUAUGGUUUUUAUGGUUUAUAAAUGUAUGAUUUUUACAAAUGAUUAAUGAUAUUUGAUUAAUGUAAACAUGUGAAAGAAUUUUUUGAAAUAAAUUUGAUACUUUAUUAAAAUUU